UGUUUGUCAACAUAGAGGAGUGCAUUUAAUUACAUACUAAAAUCAAUUGUUUUUCUUAGUAUUUCUGCUACUAAUUAGUGACAACAGCAAACAGCAUUCAAUUCUUGAAGUUGCAAUGUGGAGAAAGAUACAAGUCGGCACACAGGCUGACAAACCCUGCUUUUUUGGGUCAAUAUUCGUGAUAGAAAUCUCAAAUUGAAAGUAGAAAUGGGUUUGGAAAAGUUUCAGAUCUUCUUCGACUUAAAUCCGGCCGUCUUUUACUCUGGGCGAAUUGUGACCGGCAGAAUUGUAGUUGUCACCAGCACGCCUAAAAAAUUGAGAGGAAUUUACGUCAAGAUCAAGGGAGAGUCACACGUGCGUUGGACGACAAGGCAAAAUAAGCACACUCGAGUUCAUCAAGCCUUUGAGAACUACUUCAACAACAAAUUUGCAGUUUUCGGAAGAGCUGAUGGGGAGGAAACGCUGGAGCCUGGCGAGUACUCCUUCCCUUUCUACUACACCCUGCCCAAGAACCUUCCCUCGUCCUUCGAAGGUGAUUUUGGAUUCAUCAGGUACACCCUGAAGGCUGUGAUGGAGCGGCCCUGGAAGUUUGACCACAAGGCUAAGGUGCUCUUCACCGUCAUCUGCCCACUUGACUUGAACUCCUUUCCUCACUUGCUUAAUCCUGUUGUAAAGCAGAAGGUCAAGAAGUUUUGCUGCUUUUGCUGCAACUCCGGCCCUGUCAAAAUCGUCCUCUCCAUUCCGACAGGGGGUGGAGUCCCUGGAGAGACCCUUUUGCCAACUUUGGAUGUGGAAAACAACUCCAGGGUUAACCUCAACCGCAUCACACUCAAAUUGAUUAAAUGGGCGACUUACAAGGCAGCGUCUGGCCUCACAAGGGACUUCCAGAGGUUGGUUGUUGUACAAAACCUAGGACGCCUCGCAUCCGGACAGUCCAGCACCUUCGAAAGGGCGGCCCUGACGAUUCCUGCUCUGCCACCUUCUUGCUUGUGGCACUGCAAUAUCAUUAACUUGGAUUACAUUAUCGAGGUGUCAUUUACUCCGUCCGGCUGCCACCGCAAAUUCAAAGUUCGGAUUCCUUUGGUCGUCGGCACAAUUCCUCUUCGGCAGAACUUCCCCCUCUACUCGCAGGUCCUUCCAAAUCCGCCCCCGCGACAGAGCUUUGCCCAGUUCUCAGAGGUCCCUCCAGUUCCACCCGUGCACCAAAAUUUGUACUCGGAGGACCCAACAAAUCAACCCCUGCGCCAGGGUUUAACCCCUCAAUCGGACGCUCCUCCCUCCUACGCUGACCUUGCACCUCCUUCUUACGAGGAAUCUGUGUUUGGCGCCAAAAACGUUUUUGACGACUCCGAAGACCGGCAUACCUUUGGCGAGAGGAACUUUGCACCCCUUUAUCCUGUUUAUUACAAACCGUAAAGAAAUUAUUAAUGUCCAUUUGUGUGCUUUUGAAGCAAUUUAAUGUUCAAUGUUUUAGAGGACCAGCUAUAUGCAUUUAAAAUGUUCAAAUCGUAAAAGCUUGAAAAUCUUGUGAACUUUGUCCAAAUGCUUUUAAUGAUGGUAAAAGCCUUUUUUGGCGAUGUUUACCUUUUUAGGUUAUUUUAUUAUAUUUUAUGUUCUAAAAUCUAUAUUGAUGGGAAUUCAGAUUAUUUUAAUAAUUCCUUGACAACUUAUACGCUUGAAACAACCGUGAAAAUGAUAACAUAUUAGAAAAUAAGAUUUAUAAUUUAUAUGUGCACACUUAAAAUAUUUACAAAAGCUACAAGCAAAGUGGUGAUAUUUAAAACGGCUUUGACAAAAUGGUAAUGUUAUAGUACGCGCGACGUGUUUUUUCAUAAGUUGGCAGCACUUAUGCUCCCAUGUAAAAGUAUCACGUCGCGCGUUCGAUAGUGGUUUUACGUCGCGCAUACAAUAAUGGUUUUACGUCGCGCGUACAAUACUGGUGGCGGUGUAAUUUUUAAGGAAACCGAUUUAAUAUCCCGAUUACCACGGAAACCUCUAUAGCACGCGCGACGCAAUUCUUUUCCUACAAUCUUAAUUAAGGGGA